AUGUCAAAUUAAGUAUCUAUAUCAGUUAAAGAAUUGAGAGUCAUAAAAACCCCGACUGUCAAUGAUUUUAGUAGUUUUAGAGAUUUAUAAAGGCUUCCAAUAACUAAAUCUAAUUUUAAAAGAACUUAUCUGAAAGGUGCUUCACAUAGGGUAAAAUCAUUGAAGGAAGAAAAUCAAUUUGCAGAGGCUCACAAGAGAUAGGGAAAUGAGAAGUUAUUCAAAUUCAAUAGAUAAGAUCAAUUAUUGAAUAUCAGAAAUAUGCAUUUACAUAAAUUAGCUCCAAUAAGUACAGAGCCUUAUGUUGAUGAAAAUAAUAAAAUUUAAAACAAAUAAAAAAUAAGGAACGCAGAUCCAAAUAAUUUAAACUUAAAAUUGAUAACCAAUUCAAUUAAUUAGACUAUGGAAUUAGUCUACAACCCUCAACCAAUCAUCAAAAAAUCGAUAAGAUUUCCCUUAUAGAAUGCGACUCAAAAGACCGAAUUUCAAAACUCAUUGUUAGUCACUUAAGUAACUCAUUCAGGUCUGAAUUCUCCAAAGGAAACAUAAAAGAAAAAGGUUGAAUUGUCAAUUCUGAAACCUUCACAUAGGAAAUGUCUCAAAGAUAUCUUCAUCGAUUCGAUCUAAACUACAAGUUAUGGUUCCAUUCGUAUGGAUACCAUAGAAACCAAAUACAUUUCUCCUAAACCAAAUAUAACUACAUCUUUGGAUAGCACCAAAAAAAUAUUGAGGUAAUAUUUAUGA